AUGUAACAACAUGAGGAAUUAGGUUUUGGUCAAGUGUUGUCGAUCGAGAUUGCGAAGAUCGGAGAUUACAAGAAUAUGUUUGGAACAAAAGCUUUGACUCUCGUACUCGUACACUUCGUAUCAUUGAUGAGCUUUAGUUUGAAAUUUGAAAAAAACCAAGGAUAUGCUUAUUUUACCGAUGUAAAAGUAGAGGUUAUUGUAGUUUUUAAGUGUCUUCACACGGCCUCCGGAUUUAUUGUUCAUACCGAUCUGCAUCUUGGUUUUGAUACUGUACUUGGUUUUGUAUGGCUGUCUACUGUUGAUGUCGUACUUGCGAUUUCGGAGUCAGAACAAGACAACGAUGUCGAAGAAUAAAUUCAAGAGAUUGCACAUGGGGUUGUCGAUGGGAAUUGA